GGUCAGAGCUCGCCACCACCCUGCCCUCCCCCUCCUCAGGUAGUAUUUUUAGUACGACCACCCGUCCCCGUCCCCCCGCAAACGGCUACUUCCUCCCUCCCUCCCUCCCCUCCCCCGCCGCCUUCUAGAACCCUCCGCGAUGCCGGCACCGGCCCCGCGGAAGAAGCGGCUGGUCCGCGCGGGCCUCCUCGCCGCCGCCGCGGGGUACUUCGCCUUCGUCCUCCUCUUCGAGCUCCCCCUUCUGCCCUUCACGGGCUCCACGGCGGCGUCCUCCUCCUCUUCCUCGCUCCCCAUCCCGCACCCGCGCCGCCGGGAGCUGGUGGCCGCCGCGGCCGCGUUCGCCUCCCCGUCCUCCCCCGCCCGCCCCGCCAAGCCGGCGUUCCCCGCCGGCGCGCCGGCCCCGGCCGCAGGCGGCGCCCGCCCGCUCCCGAUCUUCUCCUCCCUCCUCCUCCUCCCGCGGCCCAACGCCACGGCCACCCCCUUCGACGCCACCGCCGCCGACGCCUUCGCCGCCGCCAGGCCGCACCUCUCGCACCUCCAGGCCGCCCCGGCCCCCGCCUCCUCCGCGUCCGCGUCCCCGGCGCCGCCGCCGGCCUGCCCGGCCUCGGUCUCCGUGCACCGGGAGCGGCUCCCCUAUGACGGUGUCCGCGUGGUGGAGCUCCCCUGCGGCCUCGCGGUGGGGUCCCACGUCACCGUCGUGGCACGGCCCCGGCCCGCCCGCCCCGAGUACGACCCCAAGAUCGCCGAGCGCAAGGACGGGGAGGCCGCCGUCAUGGUCUCGCAGUUCAUGGUCGAGCUCGUCGGCACCAAGGCCGUCGACGGGGAGGCGCCGCCCAGGAUCCUGCAUUUCAACCCCAGGAUCCGCGGGGACUACAGCCGGAGGCCCGUCAUCGAGAUGAACAGCUGCUACCGGAUGCAGUGGGGCCAGUCGCAGCGCUGCGAGGGCUUCGCGUCCCGACCCGUCGAGGACACCGUUGAUGGGCAACUCAAGUGUGAGAAAUGGAUUCGCGACGAUGACAACAAGACGGAGGAGUCAAAGAUGAAAUGGUGGGUGAAACGUUUGAUUGGCAGACCAAAGGAUGUCCACAUCAGUUGGCCAUACCCAUUCACAGAAGGCAAGCUAUUUGUUAUGACUCUAACAGCUGGUUUGGAAGGUUACCAUGUCAACGUCGAUGGGCGGCAUGUUGCUUCAUUUCCUUACCGCACCGGUUACUCCCUUGAGGAUGCAACUGCAUUGUCCAUCAAUGGAGACAUUGAUAUUGAGUCAGUUUUUGCUAGUUCUCUACCCAAUUCGCACCCUAGCUUCGCACCGGAGAGAUAUCUUGAGAUGUCCGAGCAGUGGAGGGCCCCACCACUGCCAACUGAACCUGUUGAGCUCUUCAUUGGCAUUCUUUCAGCAGCCAGCCAUUUUGCUGAGCGUAUGGCUGUAAGGAAGUCAUGGAUGAUGUAUACAAGGAAAUCAUCCAAUAUUGUAGCUCGGUUCUUUGUUGCUCUGAAUGGAAAGAAGGAGGUCAACGCAGAGCUGAAGAAGGAGGCGGAGUUCUUCCGUGACAUCGUUAUAGUGCCUUUCAUUGAUAGCUACGACCUCGUUGUGUUGAAGACUGUUGCGAUUGCCGAGUAUGGGGUGCGUGUUGUCCCUGCAAAGUAUGUAAUGAAAUGUGAUGAUGAUACAUUUGUCAGAAUUGAUUCAGUUCUAGAUCAAGUGAAGAAAGUUCGAAGUGAUAAGAGUGUGUAUGUGGGUAGUAUCAACUACUUCCAUCGACCAUUAAGAUCUGGCAAGUGGGCCGUAACUUAUGAGGAAUGGCCGGAAGAAGUAUAUCCGAAUUAUGCUAAUGGACCUGGCUACGUAAUUUCUUCAGACAUUGCACGCUACAUUGUAUCUGAAUUUGACAAUCAGACACUUCGGCUGUUUAAGAUGGAGGAUGUGAGCAUGGGCAUGUGGGUGGAGAAGUUCAACAACACGCGGCGGCCGGUGGAGAUCAGGCACGACGUCCGGUUCUACCAGUCAGGCUGCUAUGACGGCUAUUUCACGGCGCACUACCAGUCGCCACAACACAUGAUCUGCCUGUGGCGAAAGCUGCAGUCUGGGAGCGCCCGGUGCUGCAAUGUGAGAUGACAAUGAUGAAAAAACUGCUGCUAAUCCUAAUUGGUUUUGGGGCAAAAGAGAGACUAUCAGCUCCAUAAGCAACCACUCGCUUAUGGAACAACUGAAGAUCAUUGGAGGCGCUGAGGAUGAUGAGUUCGGAGGAGGAGGGGUUGCUCUUCUGGGAUUGUGGUUCUGUGAUUUGUUCAUUCUUUUGGUCGGUGGCCUGUUUCAGCCGCUGAUUCUGACACCCUGAUCGCUGUUCUUGGGGAUUCUUUUAUACCUGUGGAUAUUUGUAACUGCGUCAAACUUUUGUUGACCUAGAAAUUUUGACUUGGGCGGAGUUGGGUUGGUAUACCUUUGUGUACAGAAGGACUUCCUUGAGUUCUUAUUUAUCUUAUACGGAGUCAUGUGCGUCAAUACUUCA